AUGGGUGGUUGCUCUGCCAUAAAUUGCAGUCAUCACUCAUCAAAAGGACAUCGUAUGUAUGUAUUUCYUGCCGAURAGACGYGGCGAAAACUAUGGCUCAUUAAUUGCAGAAGAGCAAAUUGGGUUCCUGGGARAGGUGCUGCUUUAUGUGAGGCACAUUUUGAAGAAAGCGAGUUUGAGCUACACAGAGCAGAUGGUCGAGUAAAACUUAAACCAAAUGCAGUACCAACUCUGUUUAAUGUCCCGCGACCUCCUAAAAAACACAAYCCAUCACCAAGAAAAUCAUUAUAUAAGCGCCUUCCAGGGAAGGAAAAAAUGAAGAGUGUUUCUUCAGAAACUAUUCCUGAUAAAAAUCUUCAACAAGUAGAAGCGGAAAUGGAAAACAUUCAUAAAUUAAUUAACACCAUGAAAGAAGAAAAUACAAAAUUAACAGAAGAACUCAAAACUAAAACAGAUAUGCUAUUGAGAAUUCUAGAAGAAAAAAAAACUACUGAAGAACAAGUGAACAAGCUGAAGAAUUUYCUAAAUGAAGACCAAAUAGCAGCAUUAAACAAUAUAAGAACACGAGAAUGGUCUCCAGAGGCAAUAAUAAAAGCAUUGAAGUUUUGCUUUGCAUUAGGGGUUCAUGGAUAUGAGUUUUUACGAAAUACCAAUUAUCCUUUGCCUGGGUACAGUACACUUACRCGUAGAUUACGUGAACUGGAAUUCAAUUUUGGAAUUUUCAAAGAAUUGAAAAUCCCACUUGCAUCCAAAGUAGACAAAUUGGAUAAAUUUUGUAUCCUCAGUAGAUGUAUAUCAAUGACAGCGGAGGUAUCAAUAAAAAUAAAAUGA